UUAUUUAAAAAACAACAAUUUUUUGGGGGGAUGUUGUCAUGGAUUUUAUUUCUUCUAUUUAUUUUUCUUUUAUUGAUGCCAAUUGUUGAAAAUAAUAUUAUAGCUUUUGAAAGUGCUGUGGAUUUUAUAUCUGAGGCUUCACUCCCAACAACUUUCCACUCAAUAGAAAGGCGUAGAGCUCCAAUUUCCCGUUCCUCAACUUCAUUAAAUGACCUUUUAGCACAAUUAGACAGCCUUUUAUUAUCCUGCAAUAACGAAAACAAUCAAAUAAAAGUUAUAAAUGGCCAAUUAAUCCAAAAAUUAAUAAACGGGUCAAUUCAAAGAAUUUUAAAAAUAAACACGACAAAUGAAGAUUUAAAAAAGUUAUCUACACAAUUAAAUUUGUUAUUAUCUCUUGCUCAAAUUUAUUCAAAACAUCCAUAUAUUGUUAAUUCUGAUUAUUCGCUCCCCCCAAAUUCAACAAUAACUUCAACACCCUUAACACAGCCAGAUUCGAUUAAUUCACCUGCCUUUGCAUUCCAAUUAAUAUGUAAUGACCAUUCCAGUAAUCCUUUUUGGGUGCCUUUGGCAAUUUACAAAACUGUUGAUCCUCACAAAUAUCUGCAAAUGAGGUUGCCUAAACUUUCUUUGGAUGUUUGUGAAAAUUCUGAUUGCCAAACACAUUGCUCUUAUUCUGUCCAUGGAGGAGUAAAAGUUUUCGCGCGUUCUUGCUGCCAUGAAGAAUAUGGUGAGCAACUAUGUAGAGUCGAUUGGCUACUCCUCCAAAAAAUAUUUUUUCUUCUCUCAAUUGUUUGCAUUCUUUUUUGUUUUUUUAUGAUUAUUGUUAUUGUCCGAGAAAAAAGACACGAACAAAAUGACAGAGGCUGGGCUAUAAUGGAAGCAUUUUUUAUGGGUGCUAUUAUACUUUAUGCUAUUGUAUGUAUAUAUUUUUCGGUUAAAAAUUUUUUUGUUAGCCUUUACUUGGCUGGCCAGAACAUAUUCCUUGGAGUUGUUGGAUUGCUGAUUUUGGCAGGCAACUUGGUUUUACUUUAUUUUAUGGCUCUAAAUUUACAAGAAUAUCGAGUACGUAAAGCUCAACACGUUAUUGUUAGAGAACUUGAUUUAAUUUUAUAUUUACUUUUUGCUAUUUUAAUUGUGCUUUAUGGAAUUCUUGCUUGGUCUUCAGGUUCCUGGACCCGCUCAGAUUUAUGGUCGUCCCAAUGGCCCCAAUGCCCUGUGGAAGAAUUUAGAAUGUUUUUUUCUCUUUGUGAACAAUUGGUUUUGUUUUAUGGAAUUAGAUUAUGUUAUAAAGCAAGAAAUAGCAGUUGGGUCGAGCGCUACCAAUUUACAAUGGCUGUUAUUUUGGAAGCAAUAAUUUCACUUGUAGCCUCUUCUAUUAGAUAUGCCCUAAAUGAGGUUGGUUCAAGAGAUGCACUCUUUCUUGUUGCUGUACUCCAACUUCAUUUAACAAUUUCUUUAAAUAUUAUAGCCAUUAUUGCUCCGAAAUUUUUGUUUUCAACAGAAAAUACGGCUAGAGGGACUUUAAAUAGUGGAAAUGCUACAGCAAUAAUUGGAAGUAAUAGAGCACAUCCUUCCCUCGCAAAAAUGCGUGAAAAUUUGAUUAAUGGAACUAUUGACUUUCAAGAAGUGCCGAUUGUUGAUAUGAAUCCUGAAGAUAUUCGAGUUUUUUUUUUUGAAAAUUAUUUGGGAUACUUUUUUGGGUUUUCUUUUCUUUUGUGUUCUUUAAAAAAAUAA